UCAGUUUUUGGCAACACCUAUCGAGUGACCACGUCUACAGCCCAGAGAAAGGGGCUGCUGUGCACAUGAAACCGAAGAUUUGAUCCAACAACGCAAUGAAAGAGAAAUAAGACAAGAGAUAUUUACCAAGGAUCAUUGUUUAUAUUUACACUGCGUUCUCUCUAUGAAAUAUUUCUAUGCAGUGCAUAAAACAAUAUGAUUUUAGGGCUUAGAGUUCCAGUCAAUGCGAUGCAAUAGCAAUCUAUAGCAGUAAUUGUUUACAUUUUGACAACCUUCAGUAUUCUCCCCUCUCCUGGAGAAAUUAACGUUCUCGUCGAUUUCCUAACGUUAACGUUAGCCGGUUAUUAUUUUUUUUCUUUCUAAAGCGUGGUUAUGUUUUGACAGUUACAAAGAGCAGCCAGUCUUUAUUAACAGAAAUAAACUUUUUUCAACAAAGGACUCAUCGACUGAAGAAUGAUUUGGAGCGGGCUAACGGAGCUGUUGCUCCUAAUAUUUGUGUGCGCCCACAGAUCGUCCUCAAAACAAGACAUGAAACCGGAGGCAUGGCUACAGCAAUAUGGUUAUUUGCCACCUGGUGAUCUCCGCACACACACGGCCCGCUCUCCUCACUCCGUCUCCUCUGCCAUUGCUGCCAUGCAGAGAUUCUAUGGCCUGAAAAUCACUGGCAGCAUGGAUCCUACUACUCUAGAGGCAAUGAAGAGGCCCCGCUGUGGCGUCCCAGACAAGUUCGGAGCCGAACUGAAAAGCAACCUGAGAAAGAAGCGCUACGCAAUCCAGGGACUGAAAUGGGACAAAAAUGAGCUCACAUUCUGCAUACAGAACUACACACCAAAAGUUGGUGAAUACGAGACAUUUGAGGCCAUCAGAAAAGCCUUUAAAGUGUGGGAAAGCAUUACCCCUUUGCGAUUCCGAGAGAUCCCUUACAGUGACAUUAGAAACAAGGUUGAAGACUUUGCCGACAUCAUGCUCAUCUUCGCUGAUGGCUUUCAUGGAGACCCCAGUCCGUUUGAUGGUGAAGGAGGCUUCUUGGCUCAUGCUUACUUCCCAGGCAAUGGCAUAGGAGGGGACACACACUUUGAUGCAGCAGAACCUUGGACAAUUGGCAAUCGUGACCUGUUGGGUAAUGAUGUGUUCCUGGUGGCUGUUCAUGAACUGGGUCACGCCCUGGGAUUGGAACAUUCAAAUGACCCAUCGGCCAUCAUGGCUCCCUUCUACCAGUGGAUGGACACAGAGAACUUUGAGCUUCCUGAAGACGACCGUAAAGGGAUUCAGCAGCUUUAUGGACCAAACACGGGGGAAUGGCCACGACCACGACCACCUGUCACCCCUCGGACCCCCCACCACACUCCAUAUCCCACACCAUACAGGCCCGGGGGACCUGGCUUUGGACCUGACAUCUGCGAGGGCCAUUUUGACACCAUUGGCAUUUUCAGAGGAGAAAUGUUUGUGUUUAAGGAUAAGUGGUUCUGGCGCGUCCGUAAUAAUCGGGUUAUGGAAAAUUACCCUAUGCCAAUUGGACAUUUCUGGAGAGGUCUGCCUAUAGGUCUCAAUGCUGCCUAUGAAAGAGAGGAUGGAAAAUUUGUCUUCUUUAAAGGGGACAGGCAUUGGGUGUUCACUGAGUCGAACUUGGAGUCAGGUUACCCGAAGACUCUGAGAGAAAUGGGUAAGGGUCUUCCGAAGGACAAACUAGACGCAGCCCUCCUCUACACACCUAAUGGCUACACCUACUUCUUCAGAGGAAACAAAUAUUAUCGUUACAAUGAAGACACGCAGUCAGUGGAUCCAGAUUACCCCAAACCUGUGAGCACAUGGCAAGGCGUUCCAGAUAACAUAAAGGCUGCCUUCAUGAGUCAAGAUCAAAGUUACACCUACUUCUACAAAGCCAAUAAGUACUGGAAGUUUAACAACCAGUUAUUAAAAGUAGAGCCUGGAUACCCCAAGUCGGCACUCAAAGAUUGGAUGGGCUGUCCUAAUGAAGACUCCAGUGGCGGAGGAAGUGACCGUGAUCGUGAGCGUGAAAGGGAACGGGAGCGUGAAAGGGAACGUGAACGUGAAAGGGAACGUGAACGUGACCGCACACAUGAAGAAGACAAGACUGAGGAAGAGGGCAAAAAGGAGGAGACGGAGGUGAUCAUAAUCGAGGUUGACGAUGCAACCAACAGUGGGGGAGGAGCAGCUGCCGUGGUGGUGCCACUUAUGUUGCUGGUAGGCGUGAUCCUUACGCUCGGAGCACUUCUCUUCUUCCGCAGGUACGGCACACCGAGACGCCUGCUCUACUGCCAACGCUCCCUACUGGACAAGGUUUAAACGUUUAAGAAGGGAUAAUGGAAGAAAGGGAAGGGGAGGAAAGGAGAGAAUUGAGAAUAUGGAAGAAGGAGACUUACUUGCAAAGCAAAACCAAAAUGAGAAAAAAAGUAAAAAAAGAAAAGGUUUUGGUCAAAAAGGGACCCUUUGUUGUUUACUUUAGAAAUGAUGCCACUCAGACAAAUCUCUGCAUUUUUAUAUUUUGUAAUUAGUGGUCUUGAACAUUUUGCUUUCACACCUGUGCCGAGCUGUUCAAAGGCAUUUGGUACUUGUCCCCCCACCCCGUGUCACAUUCACUUCAUCUCUCCCCUCUUCUCUCAAUUUCUUUCUGUUCUUUCCCUUCUGGUGUAGAACAUGACGCCAGCUCAUCGCUGUUUGUUAAGCCUUUUGUAAAAGUCCUUUUAAAGUUAUGAUUGUUGUUGUGUGUCUGACUCAUUGUGAAUUCCUACCCACUGUCGAAAACAGAAAUCAGAAGACUUUGUACUUAUCUCAGGUUGCAGCCGAUGCUUAUCACAUUUUGCAUUCCAUGCAACCAUAAUAACAAAAAAGUGCCGCUGCCAGGUACAGCCAUGGUUUUUGGAUGUGGUACCAUGGUAAAGGGUCCUCACAGUGAUGGAAAGUAUAUUAAACUUAAAAUACUUUUGAAAUAUCAUUAGGAAAAAUGUCAAUUUAGUUUUAAAGUUAUACUCUAAAUAUAAUAAAAUGUAAAAUGUAAUUAAAAAAAAAACCUUCCAGGAUAAGACUAGAAAAGUCAAAAAGUGCUUUAGUGCCAUGAUAUGAUAUUCUCUAUAGUACCAUAUAAAUACCACAGUGCAUGAAUAAACAGUACUGCUUCCUUUUACAGUACAGUACUUACCUAGAAAGUACUGGCUAAUAUAAGGUAAGUACAUGGGUUAGGGGUAGGUUCAGGGUUAGUACCUAGUUAUUACCCAGUAAUUGUAAUUACUACAAUAAGUACAUAGUAUGUACAUGGGUAACAGGACUUUAAAAGGAAGCGUUACCGAAUAAACUAAUCAUUCUGUACCAUGGUAUUACCAUCUCUGAACCAUGGGACCACCAUAGUACUUGUGUAAGUGAUUCCAUGUGCACCAGAUAUCUUGAAACAUUAUCUGCAUUGGCUCAUGAAAGGUCAUUCUUAUAACUAAACCAACACAGGGUCUGUUCCCACCCCAUGUAACUCCCAACUCAGGUUAAGAAUCCAAAGUCAUGUGCCUUUCCAAAGAUAAUUGAUACUUAUCCCACUAACAAUGCCUGCAAAGCUGUGCUGUCUGUCUGUGUCCUUCAGUAGUAUGGCUUUAUAUUGUACUGUAUUUCAAAUAAUUACUAUUAUUGAUAAUGAUGAUGUCAGUAUCAUUAUGAUUAUUACUAUUGUUAUUGUUCUCCGUGUCAAGAAUGUGUUUUUUUUUAUUUUUAUUUUAACAAUUGUCAUUAAAAAUGUCCUGCUGGACAGGCAAUAAUGUAUGUCUUAUGAAGUGGCCUUAAUUUGGGGGAAAGUGAAUGGGUGGGUUUGUAUUUUUGAAAUGAAAUAAAUUUUUAAAUAUGAAAAUAA